AUGGUAGGAGGAGUGAAUUGGAGGUCACCAUCUCUGUCACGCCGUUCGGGUCACGGAGGUCACCGGCAUGAUCUCCAUGUCACCGAGCUCUUUGAGCUUGUCAUCUCCCUUGUGUUACUUUUGUUUCCAAAUUCUUGUCUUAGAGUUUUGUCGCAGGUUUUGUUGAACAUCUUCAAGAGAAAAGGUAUUCUAGAGUUAGGGUUUCGAUUUAUUUGGGCUGUGGAAAUUUGUUUUGGGCCAAAUGGUCUUGAUUUGAUGUUAUGUGGUGAAGGAUUUGAAAGGAUUGGCGGCUUAGUAGUCAGAGUUGGUCUGUACAGAGAUGACAUCGAAUUAGUUGCUGCCCGGAGUUGGAAGGAUUAUGCAAGACUAAUAUUUUCGAAAAUAAAUAGGUAUGCAUUUUCUGGUGGACAAGAUUCAAUAGAGAAACAUAGAGAACUUGGAGCAAAUCUCAAGGUAUUUGAAUUGUCUCACAUGGGAAAGGAGACAAUUUGA